AUGAAGAUGGCAAUGUCUGUGAUCCAAGCGUGCCGCAGCCUGGCUCUCUCAACAUGGCUGCUGUCCUUUUGUUUCGUGCAUCUGCUGUGCCUGGACUUCACCGUGGCUGAGAAGGAGGAGUGGUACACGGCCUUCGUCAACAUCACCUACGCCGACCCGGCGGCCGGCAGCGCCGAGCUCCGCAGCGAGAAGAGCGAGUGCGGGCGUUACGGCGAGCAGUCGCCCAAGCAGGACGCCCGCGGGCAGGUGGCCCUCUCCGCCUCGCCCACCGACCGCUACGCCUGCGACCCCGGCACCCGCUUCAACGCCCCGGCGCCGGGCAAGAGCUGGGUGGCCCUCAUCCCACGGGGCAACUGCACCUACAAGGACAAGAUCCGCCACGCCGCCGCCCAGAACGCCUCCGCCGUGGUCAUCUAUAACGUGGGCUCCAGCAACGCCAACGAGACCAUCACCAUGCCCCACGCAGGCCUAGAAGAUGUUGUAGCAAUAAUGAUUCCUGAACCCAAAGGAAAAGAGAUAGUGAGCCUCCUGGAGAGGAACAUUACUGUGAUGAUGUACAUAACCAUCGGGACACGCAACUUGCAGAAGUACGUCAGCCGGACCUCUGUGGUGUUCGUCUCCAUCUCCUUCAUUGUGCUGAUGAUCAUCUCGCUGGCAUGGCUGGUCUUCUAUUACAUCCAGCGAUUCCGCUACGCAAAUGCCAGAGACAGAAAUCAGCGCCGGCUUGGAGAUGCUGCAAAGAAAGCAAUCAGCAAGCUGCAAGUCAGAACAAUCAGGAAAGGUGAUAAGGAAACUGAGCCAGACUUUGAUAACUGUGCUGUUUGUAUUGAAGGCUACAAGCCCAAUGAUGUUGUCAGAAUUUUGCCUUGCAGGCAUCUUUUCCACAAGUCCUGUGUAGACCCCUGGCUUCUAGACCAUCGUACCUGCCCGAUGUGUAAAAUGAAUAUUCUAAAAGCUCUAGGGAUCCCGCCAAAUGCAGAUUGUAUGGAUGAUAUACCUCCAGACUUGGAAGCAUCCAUAGGAGGACCGCCAACCAACCAGAUAACGGGAGCCAGCGACGUAACAGUGAAUGAGAGCUCUGUAGCCCUGGAUCCCCCGGUGCGGACUGUGGGAGUACUACAGGUCAUCCAAGACGUAGACUCCUUUCCCCAGAUUGGGGAGGGUAACUUCACAACAAGCAAUGAACAGGAGCCAGCAGUCAGCAGUGAUUCAGAUAUUUCAUUGAUUAUGGCAAUGGAGGUUGGACUGUCCGAUGUGGAGCUUUCCACUGAUCAAGACUGCGAAGAGGUGAAGUCUUGAAAAACAAACAGGGAUCCAACACUAAACUACAGGGGAGGGCCACAGGGAGGGACCGAGUCAGGUGAUUCUAGGAUUUGGACCAGUCAUGCACAUGCCUCCAGAGCACUGUCACUCCUGCACACUCCAUUCUGAGAUGGUCACGAAAAGCAAUAGCAACAGUUGUGUCUGCCUGGAUGCAGUUUCAUCAUCUACAUACGUUCAUUUUGUUCACAUGGGAGAUGAAUGCUUCCAGUUUACCCACGAGCUUGAGAGCAGUCAUGUAACUCUUCAGUGGCUCAUAAACACGCAACUGAAAUGACAGCUUGAGUGUUUUCUACACUUGUUCGAUCGGGUUUUUGUUUCUUUUUUUUUUUAAAAGAUGUAUGUUUGUUAUGUUUGUUUGUUUGUUUAUAGUUUGUUAUGGUUGGACAUUCUGUUUUUGUUGACUGACCCCAGCUUUUUCAAGAGUUCAAUCCAGAAAUCUGAAUUCCCGUUCACUGGUCACUUCAUGAUCUGACUCCGGGAUUUAUCAUUGCCUUGUUGUUUCUGCAUGAAGUACAUAUGGCUUCAGAAGGAUAGUGCACCAGCACCCUGCAUUUAAUGUGAAGCCUGCUUUCAUUAAGUGGAAAUGGUAUAUUCUGAAGGCCUUUAUUUGUAAGAGAGCUCUGAAUUAACAGAGAUUGCUGAGGUUUGGGUUAAAACUGCAUUAUGUUGGCUUUUACUUACAGCUCUGUUCUAGACAAGUAUCGUACAGUGUGAAGGAGAGAAAGAAAAGCUUAAAGCUUCACUCCGUCCUUGUAGUCCUUUGCUAUAUUUUAUGCUAUUAGCAGUUGUCAGUACAUUAAUGGCCUUCCUUCAAGUCACAAUUCAGUAGCUGGAAAAGAAGAUCUAGUAUAACAUCAUGUCUUUUCUUAAUUCUACAGACCAAAAUCUGACCGGUAGGCUAAAGGAGUGUCUUGAGAGGUUUCCAGAGGCUGCUUGUUAACAGCUGUGCAUUACGCGGAUGACAAGAAUAUUCUUAGAAAGGGUCUGGAGAUGCUGAUAUCAGUGUCAGAAAUUGCUAAUGAAGCAAGCAGCUGGUUGAAAUGUUUACUUCCUGAUCCGUUUUGGCUUUUUUUCUGAGUGCAUUUUGCUGCUUAUGUUUUGACGGCAGUUUUUGCCUGCUUGUUAUCAAACACAAGAGUUCAGGUGGUUCGUUGCCCUCCAGAGUCCCUGUCAACACUGUCCCAAGCAUAAUGGAAUACUUGCAAUUUGUAUGUAGAUAUAUAUACCAAAAUAUUUUGGGUAGAGGGGAGGGGAUUUGAAAAUAAACAGAACUAACAUAAAUCAAAACACCUAAAUAAUAAUGACCUGUGAUUAUUAUUUCAUUCAUCCUGAGCUCUGCUUUCCAGGGAAAAGCUUAUCGUUACCUGUUCAGUGUACGAUUUCGUUUUUCAGUCAAAAUACUCAACUGUGAAGAAGCGUUUUUAGCGUACUGUUAUACAAGAGUAAAUGGUUUCUGUUGACAGUCAGAUGAUUUGAAUCACAUUACUGCCUCCUGGGUAAGUCCAUAGAAUCAACUAUUCAUCUUACAUCGAAAUUUCAUGGAGAGGUCAAACAUCUUGACUUGAGGGUGUCAUGGCAGCAUCUCAAAAUGCAACUAUUAGGGUUCUUGCUGCAUUUAAUCUCCUUGUGGGUUUACUCGUUAGAUGUGGAAACCAACUUCCAGCCAAAAUUUGGUUUGUCAGAUCUUAUUCAGGAAUAGAACUAUCCCUAAAAUUCUGGCUGCUUUGCUUCCUUAGUACAGGAAGAAGGAAAAAUUAUACUCCACGCUUUUCGGUCCAGUUAGAACUCAGUUCAUUUUAUAGCUUAAUUUUUUUUAUGUUCUUAGUCCCUAAAUUGCAGGGUAACUUUGAGGCAAAGGAGCACAGGCUAAUCAUCCUUCAAAACCACGAUCCGGAAAUGUGCCGUUACCUUUUUAUAAGCUAUUUGAAAGGACAUCUCUUUUUAAUUAAAGAGAUGCAGGCAGCUGGAAAUCUGCUUGGUUUAAAAAGAAAGUUAGAGAUUGUUCCAGAGGGUGCAGCUAGGUCAGUCUUGCCAAUAUUUGUGGUUCUGUAAUCGUAUCUUCCUCAUUCUUUAAUGUCUUCUCUGUUCCUUGCUGUUAUGGGAAAGGCCCACAGCAUCAGGGCAACCGAUGCUGAAAUUCACCCCUACACAAGAGAGUUUGCACAAGGUACCACAUCAGCUCCACUUAAGCUCUGGAAAUAAUGCUGAAAUGGGAUUUAAGUGGUGCUUACACCAAACACUGGCCCUUCACACAGGAAUGAAAUUCGUCUCAAAUGACUGCAGGGGAAAGAAUGAAGCUGGUCAUACACAGUCAGGUCUCCCUGUGGAAAGUACACACACUGGUACAGUUUCUUCUCUAGCGCUGGAGCCUGGGUGCUACAUGUCACAGGAACACCACGAACAUGAUGUCCGAGUUGUCAGUGAUCCUUUAACAUCCACCCACUGCAGGCCAGCACACAGACAAAAAACUCCUGGCCAAACUGUUUGGGUUUCAGAGGAGCUGUCGCAAAGUCUUCGUUUUAUUUCACAAACUUAACCAAGUUAACCUCAAUGGAUAGAUUGACCAAUAAUCUGUUGCCAUAGUGGAGUCACCCACAAGCAGAGCAAGCAAGGUCUGUGGAAAAGCAAGGCAGGAGGAAACUCCCAGCUGAUACCGAACUGGGUCCUUUGCCUAGCAAAAUCAUUAAAGGGAGCUAUGCUCAAAGGGGCAUCACAUAGGUGGUAACUAAGACCCUGCCCGUAUUUCUAGGAGUUAGUGAAGGAUUUUGGAGAGGGAUCGCAGUGUGCAUGCUCUUUUCGUAAGUAUCCCAUACCAGAUGUGGUCCCUCGGGGUCCACGGGUGGCCACUGGCAGAGGUAGGGUGCUAGGCUGGGUGAGACGUUUUUACAUAUCACCAUACUGUGGUCUUUCAGAAGAGGCAUCCUAGCAAAUCUGGGCCAGGAGUCUUUCUGCUUUUGUUUUCCCAGUUCUACCUGCAGUUUCGCUCAGGGAAGAUGUUUUUCCGUCCCUGUCCUCAGGUGUUGUACAGCUCUGAGCACUGUUAAGCGAUAACGAGUGCAAAGCCAGGUUACACAUCACUGAAGCCAGAACUUAGGAAAGCACUUAAGUAAAUGUUUUACUCCGUCCUUCAGAAAAGCACUUAAGACUGAUUUUGGACUUGUACCAAAAUCACAUUAUUUUCAACAGGUCUUUUAUAAGCAUGAUUAAGCCCCUGUGUCAAAUGGAAAUGUUUUCUAAAGCAGGACCUGACUGACAGUAUUCUUUGUAUAUAUAACCUGUGAAAUGCCUUGGGAAUUUGAGGUGCUUCAUAAAUAUUAAGACCCCCAGAUGUAUGUUUAUAACUCGUAUGAAAGCCUUAAUUCUGCAGAUCUGCGUGCCCAUGCACAUUUUUGCUUACAUGAGUUUCUCCACUGAGAUUCCUCACUGGGUAAAAUUAAACCUCCCAAUUCGCAGCUUUGGGCAAGAUUAGUCCCAUCCUGAGCAUUGUGUGAGUCCUCGGUACUGCUGCCCGCUAAACUUGGGCUCUGGCAUUAAAUAUGCGGGAUUCAGAUGUCGGGGACACAGCACUGCCUGUUCAGAAGGGAAAGCUGCCUUUAGCAUGCAGCCAGGAAAAAACAAAAUCCUCUGGUGCCCUCUGACGAACAAGUGCUCAUGCACAUAAUUCUGCAGGCUCACGCCGUGCCUGCCCACCCGUGGCGCGGGCGGCUUUGCUGCGGCUGCCACCUCCCGCCGCCCGCGCCCUGUGCCAGCCCAGCGCGGCCGGGGCAGAGGGGCACCUCCUGCACAGGGCCAGUGGCCAGAGGACGGUGCAGUUCUCCGAGAAAGGCGCUCUUGUCAUUAAGCUGAUCUUGCGUCUCUCAGAGCUCUUCCUGUCCUGUCAUCUGAGGCUCUUUUCUCUACUUUUCCGUGAGCAAGUAGUAGGUGGGAGAAGCGUUCGCUGUAGUGAGGCUCAUCUUCACUCAGGCUGGGUUGCAGGAUGAAACUUGGACAGACAGAGACUGCGCUCUGAGUAUCCUUUGAUUUUCACGGGUUUCACUGAACUGCCUUCCCAAAGGUCUGUUCAAUAGGUAGAACACAUAAAAAGUUAUACGGGCAGAAUUUUGCACUCACAAAUGACCUAAUGUGUGCGUGCAGAUGUACAAGGCACGAGCUCUGCAUCCCUUCCCCACGGCUGGUCCAUUCUGGUGGGGAGAGAGAUCUGGCACUUGCUGAGGGUUUGGGGUUUUUUUAUUUUCUGGCUGCUUUAGAGCCUCAAAACCAGGAUCAGGACAAUCAUAGCACUGCAGUUCAUUCUUCAAGCAUUCUAUAGAAUUAAAUUGCCACGUAUGCGUAUAAAAGUACAUUGAUACGACUACGGAAACUAUACUGUAGUGAAAACAGAAGCAGCUGCCAUUUUUAGACUUUUUACAUGAGGGAGAUUGUGGCACUAAAGAAAAAGGCUUUAUAGAGGCAAUUUGAAAAAAAAAAAAAAUAUUGAAAUCACAUAUGAUAAGAGGUCCCUCAGAUCUCACUACUUUAAUGACCCCUGGAUCAGAGCCAGAGGAAGUCAUUGCAAGAAGGGGAGUACUUCGCCUCUUGUUGAAUGACUCGUUUGGGAUACAUUCUUAUUUUGUUAACAAAAUGAACCCAAGCACCAGAGACAGAUCCAGGUCUGAAUUUAAUCUUUCUCAAAGAAUACGCAUUUUGUGAUCCAAAGUUUUUAUUGUCAAACCUGUUAACCCACCCUCUUCUCCCCCUUGCUAAAUAAAAAGAAAAGCUUGUCCAAUUUGAAAAAUGUCUAGCUCAGAAGGCCUUUGCAUACGGACUGGCUGCCCUGGGAGGUAUCUGCAGAUCACUUAGCACUUCUGUGUACUUCUAGUCAUCAGUCCAACACAGCUACAGAUUUUCCAUAAAGUGUGUUUUAUUUGCCGUUUUUGUUAAACCCAGAGUGCGGUCGUCAUAUAGAUUUUCCAGAGUUUUGCCUUACAGACUUUUUCCUUUGAAUAUAUGCCACAGCCCUUUGAGCGGAUUCUGUGAUUAAAAGGCAAAGAUCGGGCACAAGUCUUUAUGUAUAGAUCUCUGGGCUGCAAGUCCUUGUUGUGACAAUUGGUCUGUACUGAAAUGACGAUAGAGGUUAUGCCUAACAGCGGGAAAUGCCUUUCAGCCCGGGCAGCUGGGAAUCUCCCAGGCUUUGUUUGUAAGAGGCUCGUUCCUUCACGGUCUCUGUCUGUAGAAAAGCUCAUGACUAAGCAUAUAGUUUGAAAUAAGCCAGGAAUAGGAAUUUAUAGGCUGUGCAAACCAAGAAAAACAAUAGGCAUUUAUUGAUUUCUCUUCGUUAGCAAUAACGGACUUUUUUUAACCAUUUGUGGCUCUGGUAGAUCCCUGUUGUAGGGCUAAAGUUACCAGUCUGCCAGGAAUAGGGGCCAGGACAAGCUGACUUUCUAAACAGAAGAGGGAGGGCUUGGUUUGCUGUUGGGAUGCACCCAUUUCGCAGGACUGAAAUGGCAGAGAAAUCCAGCCUGUGCCUUCCCAGCCCCUCUCACAAAUGUUUGCUCUAGUGUGAACCUUUGUUGCAGGGGAAGGAGAUCGUGGGAUCAAACUGACGCUGUGCCGCUUCCUCUCUUGCAUUUUGUGCUGCCUGUAUCUCUUGUAGCAGGUUGGACUGCUCUGGUUCAGCACGGGGGAAAGGAGCCAGCCUAUGUUCAGCUUAGGGCUUAAUGAAAGAUAGGCCCAGGGGUUUCGGCAGGUUCAGGGCAGCCAAGCUUCUUCAUAACCAGUGCUGACCGGGAUUGCUGCUUCACUGAAGAACACUGAGCAUUGACUCAUUUGUUUUAUAGAUGCAAAAUAUGUGAGCGCAUGUGGGGCAACCAGCGUGACAGAAAUGAAUCGGGUUGGUUAACGCAAGCGGUGAAAAACAAUGUCAUGAAAUAUUUUAGGGGCAAGGGAAAAUGAGGGUGGAGGUGUUGUUUUAGGAGACUUUUUAAAUAGGGACAAUUGAUCCAAUACAAGCACUUCUUUUAUUUUACCAAGCUGUUACCUGAACUAAUUGAUAGUUUCGCAGUUGAAAGGGGAACGCCAGAUGGACUUCUUAGUCUGGAUUUGUCUGUGUAGCAGAUGGCAGCUGCAGGCUGGGACGGCGAGUGAGGGAGAAGGCUGCCCUCUGCCGCGCAGCUUCCCGCGCCGGGCUGCAAACCUGCUCAGAAAAAAGAAAAAAACCUUCUGAGCAGGAGCUAUAUUUCAAAGGGAGAAAUAGAAAAGAAAGAUGAAUGAAAGACGUUGUGGAUUUUGAAUGAAAAGCCAACGGAUGAAUUUUUCCAUCUGAAAUGAAUCUUGCCUCUCUCAACUGUCUUAAUUGUGAAUUGGUGGAGGUUAUUUCUUUCUGGAGUGAAUGGGAAAAAAAAAAAGGAGAGGAAAAAAAAAAAAUAGCAUUUUCCCUUUUUUGUUUAUUUCCCGAUUCUUCCGUCCUGUAUAGCAUGAAAAACAAUAGCAAGAUCAAGAUGCUUGUUUGCUCUGAAUGUAUACAGUUAUUUCAGAUGUCAAAUAUCUAAAUGUUUUGUAUGUGUACGUAAUACCAUCCUUACUUCUUGUUUCAUGUUAGGAACCUGAAAUGACUGUACCAUUUUAUAAUUAGAAAUGUAAAGAGGGGACAGUGGGUGAGAGGGUCUGUUAUUUUUAUAGCAAGAUAUUCCUUGUAUUUAGUGAACAUUUAAAAUGGUUUUGUACAUGUCAAAAUAUACAUUCCAUCCAUUUCCAGAAGAGAAUUAUUUUUAUUUAGAGUAGUUUAUAAGCAAACCAAAAAAAAUGUGGCGUCCCAUUUGUACGUAGUUCAUGAACAGAGCAGAAGUAUCCUGGUUUCCAGUGAUGGCUCCAAAGCUUUUUCCAGCCGUGUCUCUUCUCACUCGCUGCAGAGCCAUACCAGUAAAUGCCAAUGUUAAAAAGGGAAGAAAAAUCCCGAACGAAAUAAAUACCAUAUGGAUCAGUGCACAGCUCACCGAAAUAACUUCCAGUCCGGAGACAAUGGUCUGUCCUAGUGACAUUCUCCAAGGCAGUCAGUCCUGCUCUGGACAGCAGGAGUGGAUUUACGGGGAGGCCUUCGGCCCUGCCUCUCCCCCGGCCCCUGCCCAGCAGGGCUGCCAGCCCUAGCAAGCUGGGGGGUGACAGGGUUGUCACACUCACGCACUGCGCCUCUGGUUGCGCUGCGGCUCCCUCAGAAUGGGAGCCUGUUUUUGACUGAAGUUGUUUUGCUGGUAAGGCAGUCGGUUUCUGCAGGCUGACCACGUUGUGUUUCUUUUGACAGUGGAAAUGACCCUUCAUCUCCACGUUAAAAAAAAAAAAACAGUUCCUUUCUCCGAACAGCUGCGCUUUGGUUUGUGAAACACCUAGCGAAAGACCAUGGCAAAAUCACACAGUGGCAUUUGCAUAGGCGGUUCUUUUUCUUGUAGUUAGCUCCCCCCCCCGCUACCUGUGACUUGCUGCCAAAACAGUGCAGUAGCGGUUUGUGAAGCAAGCCUUUUUUUCUAGCAUUACUUUCUGUACAGUAUUGCAAAUAUACUUUAACUCUUUGCUGAUAUUUUAUAACAUAUACAUCUUCCCCUCCAAUGCACUUUAUCUCUCUUGAAAAAUGUGGGAGUCGGAGAACUACCGUCUUAAAGGGAUUUGCCUGAAAUCAUAAGGCGCUCACUUUUUAUUUUUUUCCUUCUUGCUUUGUUAUAUACUGUAAAUGCUAGAGAGCACGGACAGUGACUCAGCUGGGGGAAGUACCGAAAUGUUGAGGCUAAUAUUUGGAAGCAUUAUUCAGUAGUACAACACGGCUAUUUUUGUUAUAUAGAAGAUUAUAAUGUAAAUAUGUGAGACUGUGUUAUUAUGUACUAGUAAAAUAUUGCAACUCUCAAAGUUAAGAUGGUGAAUUCCAAGGAAUUUUAUUGCAAGUUUUUUAAUAAAAUGAAUCUGAUUACUGUGUCG